AUGAGCGGCACGGCUGGGUCCAACGGAGCGUCUGAUACUGCCGCUGCCACGGCGGCAGCCCUUCGCGGUGCCUCGCUUGCGUUUGGGCGACAAAAGAAGGCGAAAGCCAACUCUCGACAGCAUCUCCAACCACAACAGCACCUCCCUCUUCCUAAACAACAACAACAACAACGGCGACAGCCCUCCGUCUCGCCCUCCCGCGAUAGCACCAUAUCCAAUACCCAAGCUGCUAAUGCCCUCCUGGCGGCAACCUCGGCGGCAGCGUCAUCACGGGAUGCUUCGGUUAGUGGUAUCGGAACGCGCUCUGGUGAACGGGCUGGAUUGAGCUUACUGCGGCCGGUGUCGCCGGGCCAGCGGUCGAUGGCAGCGAGAAGCAAUAGUAGCAGUAGUCGAAGUCGGAGCCGGAGUCGAGGCGCAAACGCAUCGAGAGCAGUCACAGCGUCAUCAUCAGCGGGCGAUCUUGUGCCGUUACCUUCACCGGGCAUCGUACCACCACCGCAUCCGGCCAUCGGCCGCACACGAACGGGUGGUGGUAACAACGAUAUUGCCGGCGGCAGAUCGUUGGCAGUGCCCAAAUCAACUCCCAAACCUCUACGUCAACCACGGUCAACAUCCUUUCUUGCCGCGACGCGAGCUGCCAGCCAAGCAGUGAGUCCAGGGAUCACACCAAACCAUACAGGGCAGCAGGGAGGGCGAGGGAGCAGCGUUGGGACUAUUUCAGCUACGAACACGGGCGGGCCUGGUCCGGUACCAGCACAUUUGUCAGCUGCCCUUCUGGCAGCAGCAGCGAGCGAAGAAAAGCGACGGACAGCGGCCGCGACUGCCGCUGCCAAUCUUGCGGCCAACGCCUCACGAGUCAACGAUGAUAUGGCCCGCUACGGUAUCCGAAUUGGACAACGCGAACAUGAGGAGUGGGCGGAGGCGGACGAUGAGGAGAGCCUAGACUCGUCAACCAUAGCAGCCACAUCGGCUCUCGUCUCCAUGUUUGAGAAGGGAAGCAGCCGGGGGAAAGAAAAGAAGGAACCGAGACGUGUCAAAGCGGACGACCUCAGUAGCGGCGGUACCAGCCCUGUACGGCCGCCGAAACUGAAAUCGUUUACGCCGCCACGAUCGGUGAGUCCUGUAAGACGCGAGGAGGCUCUUCUUGCAGAGACACCCGCAAAGACACCAACGAAGACACCUACGCUGGCACGGAAUCCGGCUACGCCAAGAACAAUGGAGCCCACAAAGCCGUCUCCACGGCGUCCUGCAAAGCCCCUUACUAAAGCAAUCUCUGCGAAGACAACAACAACAAAAACGACAAAUAAAGAUCCGGUAGAACAAAAGGAGCUGCUCAACUCCGAGGCAAAACUACUGCCAAUGCCAGGGCCAAGCCCCAAGGCAGAUGCUUCAUUACAGCCGCAGCAAACAAAGCCAAUACCGAUAACGAAACCCAAGCCACGGCAGAACGCAGGGCAAGAGACAUCAUCGCCUUUAGGGAAGGUGGAGAGGUUGGAAACAGCGUCGCCUGGCACGUCACCUCUAAGAAAGCACCGCCUACCGUUGCGCGAACUGAACGACGACGACGAUGUUAUGGGACGGCCGAGUCCGCCCAAUCCAAGUGUGCGCGACUCGAGCGCGGCGCGAAGUCGGUCGCUGACGAAGGCGCGGGAAUCGCCGGCCCGUUCCUCAUCUUUUUCCGGUCGUGGACCUCCUCCGCAGGCACCACCACGUCGUGCUGCCACUGCUCUUGUCGCCCAGCACUCUGCUGGAUCCGCAACGCCACUUAGAAAGCCGGCAGCGACGGCGUCGUCAGUUGACGGGUUGGCCAGCGCCAUCAUGGCGGGGUCUCUUGCAGCGGCAAAACACCCGCCGUCGUCGCAGCAGUCUGUGUCAUCGUCCAUGCCCGGGUCACGCUCCCGUACGCCGCCCGCGCCGCCGUCGGUGCGCUCGACGUCGCCAACCAAGCGCACAGGCAUGUUGCAGACGUUGCGGCGGGAGCGGUCACACUCGGACGACGACGACUACGACCGCGACGGCAAGACGAGUGGCAACACGCACUACCGGCGCAGCCACUACCACCGCGACGGCCGGCUGCGGCAGGGCAAGCACCAUUUGUCGCACGCAACACCGGCCGUGCUGGUGGGGGGCAGCCGACACAAGCACAAGCACCACGAGGGGUCGCGGCGGCGCUGGCGCGAAGCCGUUACUGAGCGGCAGAGGCGGCGGUACGAGGCCGUGUGGGCGUCCAACCGCGGCAACCGGGGCUUGGUCGGGAUGGAAAACAACAAUAACAGCAGCAGCACCAACGUGAACGACGGCGGUACAAUUGUUGACGAUGCCGCCGACGACGACGAAACCGUGCCCAACGUGGUCGUCCGCGACCUUUGGCGGCGCAGCCGGCUGCCGCUGGACGAGCUAGCAGAGGUGUGGGACCUAGUGGAUGAGACGGGGACAGGCCGGCUGGGCAAGGCCGGUUUUGUCGUGGGCCUGUGGCUGAUCGACCAACGGCUGCGCGGGCGCAAGAUCCCGGCGCGGGUGAGUGAGAGCGUAUGGAGCAGUGCGCGGGGGAUGCAGGGGCCGACGAUGCAGCGGAGGCGGUAG